GGAAAAAGAGGGGGAAAAUGAAAGGAAAAAAAGAAAACUCAGGAAAAAGCAAUCAAAUUGUCAGGCCACAGAGGCAGCUUUAUCUCUGAUCGCUUUACCUCACAGUCACACCUCUCUCUCUCUCCCUUUCUUUCUUCCUCUCUCCCUUCAUGGUAAUGAUUCUAUAGCCCCUGGCCUCUUCAUCUCUCUCUCAAUCUCUCUCCCUCUAUUUAUAUUUGAAAAUUGUGGAAGCUCUCUCUUUCUCUCUCUCUCUCUCUCUCUCUCUCUCUCUCUCUCAUCUGGAUGCUGCUUGCUUCUUUCUCUUUCUCUGUGUAUGUAAAAUCUGUGUGUCUACAGAAGUGGUGCAGAAAGUUGUGUCUCAGAUCCCGAUAUACGGCCUCUCUUCUUACACCAAUAACGAGAAAACUGUCUGCUUUUUUAUCUUCUUUCUCUCUCCACCACCAUCACCACCCCCUCCCCCUACUAUAAGGGAGAGACACACCCCCUUCUCCUCUGUUGUGGUCCUCAACCUCUCAACCCUACACCCCUCCCCCUCGCUUUUCCUUUCUUCCUCUAAUUGUUUUUUCCUUUUUCACUAGUUCUCAGCUUUCUCCACCCACCAGCAACACUUUACUUUGAUUCAAAAAUACAAGAACCAAUAUGCAGGAACCGGGUUUGGGAAUGAUGGGUGGUGGCGGAAUUGGUGGUUUGAGCGACGGUGAUCAGCAGCAGCGCCAGCUCAAGGCGGAGAUCGUCACACACCCACUAUAUGAGCAGCUACUUGCAGCUCAUGUAUCGUGUCUCCGUGUGGCCACGCCGAUCGAUCAGUUGCCGCUGAUCGACGCGCAGCUGACGCAGUCCCAUCACCUCCUCCGCUCCUACGCGUCGCAGCAGCACCACCACGGCAACUCCCUCUCACCCCAUGAGAGGCAAGAGCUCGACAACUUCUUGUCGCAAUAUUUAUUAGUCUUGUGUACUUUCAAAGAACAGCUUCAACAACAUGUCAGAGUCCAUGCUGUUGAAGCUGUCAUGGCCUGCCGUGAGAUAGAACAAACCUUACAAGCCCUCACUGGGGUGAGUCUGGGAGAGGGGAGUGGUGCAACCAUGUCUGACGAUGAGGAGGAGAUGCAGAUGGAUUUUUCAUUAGAUCAAGGAGGGGGUGACGGGCAUGACAUGAUGGGGUUUGGUCCACUGCUGCCAACUGAAUCUGAAAGGACUCUCAUGGAGAGAGUACGGCAAGAACUGAAGAUUGAACUCAAGCAGGGAUUCAAAUCAAGAAUCGAGGAUGUGAGAGAGGAAAUUCUCAGAAAAAGAAGGGCAGGGAAGCUACCAGGAGACACAACCUCCGUGUUGAAAAGCUGGUGGCAGCAACACUCAAAGUGGCCAUACCCAACUGAAGAUGACAAGGCAAAACUAGUGGAGGAGACGGGGUUGCAGCUAAAGCAAAUCAACAAUUGGUUCAUCAACCAAAGGAAGCGCAACUGGCACAGUAAUUCUCAGUCGGUGACCGCCUUAAAGUCGAAGCGCAAGAGGUAGAGAGAUCAGCAUCAUCAUCGUCAUCAUCAUCUAAUUUCAUACUAAAAACGGCAAGAUGAAGAACAUACUUGUGUGUCAAUAUAGCAGCUGCUUAUGUAACCUCCUGGGCAUGCAGAUAACUCUCUAGACCAAAAACAAAAAAACCAAAAACACCUGAAGCUGGGAGUUUGAAACAACCCCUGGAAGUUAGAGAUCAGGUACAGAAUGUAAUUAAUAUAUGGGCAUACAUAUAAGGUUGUAGAUUCCUAACUUUUUAACAAAUGUAAGAUGCUUUCCAUUACCUCCCUUUUUACCUUACUCUUUCUUCUCUUAAAUUCUUAUUUUCCUCC